CCGAAGACGCUCAGAUCCACGUAUUUCAUGGUUCCAAUUCACGCAAGAUGAAUUCACUUGGACUGCAGUUAUUAGUAACUUUAAUCGCAUUUUCAGGAUGUGUGCAGGCAGUUCAGGUCACAGUGAAGGACAGCCAUGUGAAUGGAACAGAAGGAGGGAGUGCAACCUUGCUGUGUACGUACAAAACUGUGGACGGUGACUCGUCUGAUCUGAACAUCCAAUGGACAGUGGUGCCAAGCCAGCCCGGUUCACACAAGCAGAUCUACUAUUCUGCGGGCAAUGUAACGUAUAUAAGUACAGAAUUCAAAGGCAGGCUAUUGGCAGCACAGAAGCCAGGAAAUGCGUCCAUUACCAUUGAAAAACUGCGUCCUUCCGACUCUGGGAAUUACAUCUGUGAAGUUGAGAAUCCACCGGACUUUCAAGGCAACAACAUUGGAUCAGUCAUACUCACAGUUUUAGUUCCCCCCUCAAAGCCGAAGUGUGGCAUUGUACCGCAUCCCGCGAAGGCAAGAGCUGCAAUCCUAACCUGUCAUUCUGAUGAAGGCGUCCCAGAUCCCACAUAUCACUGGGUGAAAAUUGUAGACCACGUUCACCAGAACAUCACUGGUCAUCUUGAUAUAAAGACUGGAAUGCUGAUCAUUUCAAAUAUUUCCGACAGUGAACAUGGUAUUUACCAAUGCAUAGCAUCCAACAAAUUGGGAAAUAAAACGUGCAGUGUCGACUUGUCACAUCUUAAUUCGGACAGUGAUGCCAUUAUAGGAGGUAUUGUGGGAGCAGUUCUGAUUGCAGCGGUGAUUGGAAUUAUCAUCUGGGUGGUUACAAAGAAAGCAAAGAAAAAGGCAAAGAAAAAUGUGCAAGAAGGAACUGAACUACAGGUGAAACAAGAUGCCAGGAAUUCACCUACAACAUAUGUGGCUGUCCCUACUGGUGCUGCAGUGAAGGAAAAUCCAAAUGACGCAUUAGACGAAAACAACGUGGAGACCCCUGACGUCCAUGAAACUCCAAAUGAAUCUCUGCCGUUGAAUGAAGAUGCAACUGCUUCAGGCACUGAGAAAGCAGUGAACAAGGAGACUGAGGGAAACGGUCCUCAGGCCAUUUAGUCAAAACGCUGCAUGAGAAUUUGGAGCUAUCGUUUUAUACAAAAAAGCAAGAAUGGUUUUCUCCCUAAUUCAUCAGAAAUCAUUUGUAUUACAAGCCCAAUAUUACGAAUAGCUCUGUGGAAAUAAUCAAAUUUCUCUUCAAAGUGUCAAUUGCAUGUGUCCUGACUCAAAGCCACACUCUGUCUUUAAUACAAUGAAUUGAAAAAAUGCAUGCCUAGUUUAAAUACUUUGAUUAUUAAUCUGUUAUCUUAACAAAGUAAUAUUUUUAUAAGAUUUUUUAUGCAGGACAAUAUAUUCACCUUGAUGAUUUUCCUCAUUUGUUGCCUUCCAUUUCCCACCUCAAUGAUCCAAAUACUUUCAAUAUUUGACAGGCUUAUUGCUCCGGAAAUGGAGAUGCCUAACUUGGUGUUAGGAUUCUUCAACCAAGGAGCCAAAAGUAAUACGUUCCUAUUAGAUAGAGAUCAGUAUUUUUAUGUUGGUUACGAACAGCAUCAAAUAAUAAAUUAUUAUUUACUUAAAAGUAACAAAAUACUAUCAGUGCUAGAAAUCUGAAGUAAAAACAGGAAAUGCUGGAAAUGCUCAGUAAGUCAGGCUGCCUCUACGGAAGGAUGAAAGAGUACCGUUCUGUAAGAUUAGUUCUGUUACUCUAAGCCGCUUGACCCUCCGAGUAUAUCCAGCAAUUUCUGUUUUUGACUCCGUUUUUCUGCAUUGCUGUAUUUUAUUGUUAAAUUAUCACUUCAGGUCGAAGACCUUUCAAUAGAUGAAAGGUCACUGAAAAGUUAGCUGUUUCUUUCCACAUAUGCUGUCUUCCCUUGUGAUUAUUUUCAGCAGUUGUGCUUUUAUAGUUAAGAUUUAUAAAUAAGAUUCAUACAGGUUGGUUGUUUACGUUGGGGUGAUAUUGCAGAACCAUCACUGAUCACAGAACAGUUCCCUGGCAAAACCUUUAGAAGAGAGUUUCUAAAUAACCAGGCAAAGCCAUCGUGACAUGAAGCUUUGUUGAGCUGUUCAAUCUUGUUUCAGACAAAAUCCUGAUCUUCGGAGCAGACAUAACUUGUUCAUUCCGUCAAUCUGUCUGGGUUUAUUCCAAUAAUUCAAUGGCAAGAACUUCAUUACUCACCACCUUGAUUUUGUAAAUUUUCCUGUUUUAAUCACAUCAAUAGUGACUAUGAAAUAUGAUAGUUUUAUUAUAUGUAUGUUUGACAUAAAUAUUGAGAAGUGGGCAGUUAAAGAAGCCACACUAAAGUGAGCAGAUGUUAUGUAAUUAUGCGCAUCGCCUUGCUAUAGAUUUACAUUAUUAUUAAUUAAUGAAGAACAAUAAGCUGGGCUUUCAAGAUAUGUGAAUGUUGCCUUUAUUAGGAAUAUACAGUUUAUGUAUUAAUUCACUCAUUAGAAACCCUGCUUAUUUAACAGAAUGCUGUUCUGAUAUGGAUUUAAGCUUACUGUAGACAAGUCAUUUAUCAGAUAAGUACAAAAAAUGCUGGAGGAACUCAGCAGAAGAGACAGCAUCUACGGAAGUGAAUAACAGUCAAAAUUUUGGACCGAGACCCUUCCUCAGGACUCUUGACCUGCUAAAUUCCUCCAGCAUUUUGUGUGUGUUGCUUUGGAUGUCCAACAUCUGUAGACUUAAUCAUGGUUAUUUAUCAGAUAAUGACUGUCUUAAGAAUAAAUUAGAAGGAACAGGGAAAACAAAUAAUAAGGAAAUAUGCUGAAUUUGCAUAAAAAUAUAAAGCUCAGACUGAAACCUAGCCCUGUUAUUGGCCAAGACAUUAAAUCCCCAAGCAGCUAGCUUACCAAAUUUACAUUGUCAUAACUUACCAAAUGUUAUAAUUAAUGCCAUGUAAAGUUAUUACUUCCAAUUGACUUGUAGAUCUCUCUAGGUAGCUGUCUGAAAGCUAAUUUAUAGUCUAUUCCAUCCUUUCAAGUCAGGUUAAUCAAAUCCAAAGCUCAAAAAGUUUGUAAGUAAUGAAUAGUGAGUACUUAGUUCAGUGUCUGGAAUAACUCAGCAUCUUCACAAGGGAAGAUUCAGGUUAUAUUAUACCUGCAAAAGUAAUUUUGUGAAAGUGAAAAUAAUUUUUUUUGUGAUUUAAGGAAUCUGAAAAGCAGACAAAGUCAUGCAAUAAUACAGGGCACCUUCAAGACAAUGUAACAUUUUAACACUAGCUUAAGGGUUAUUUGAAAAUAGCAGUUUAGAAUAAUAAGGGGUCUUUAUCAAAAUUUAUAAUGGCAAUUCUAUUACUGAAUGCAUGCAUCCUCUGAAUGCCUUUCUAAAUGAUGCACUGGUCCCAUGUCUCUUUAUUCAGCAGACACAGAUAAGAUUGGAAGUAUAAUGGGACAGAUGACUAAAUGGUUUCAGGGGUUUAUCUGAUAUUUACAGGGAAUUAUUAUGUGAAGUUAAUAACCACUGGAGACACAGACAACAUGCAAGAAAAUGAUAUAGUAUUGGUGUGUUGGUGGAAUGAGGUAAAAUUCUGAAACAGAAGUAGGAAAGACUCAGAAUGGAAAAGGAAUGGUUAGACAAGCAUAUAAAGAAUUUCAAUGUUUCAGUAGUUCCAGUUAAUAUCAGGGAAAUGUAUGCAUUAUAAUUCCUGAAAUUCUUAUUCUUUACAGACAUCCACUAAAACUGAAGGAUGAGUGACAUUAAAAGCGUUAGAACCCCAAAGCCCUCCCCGCGCACACGCAACAAGGAAGCACCGACCUUCACCCACCCCCACCCACUUCCGCGAAAAAAGCACUAGCACCCUCCGCCCACCAAGCAACAGCAAAGCCCCCAAGAAAGACCAUGAUCUGCAGUACAACAAAAACUACUCAUUCACCCAACAGUUUGACAUGCCACAGGAAGAGCUAGAAUCAGUCGUGAGAGGAACCAAAUGAGAUACAGAGAGGUAACACAAAGGAGUGAAACUAACAACAAAACAGUUACAUUUUCCUAGGGCUUAAUUAUCAUCUUCAUGACGCAGGGGCAACGCUUACUAAAAAAGGGAUAUCUUGGAUUGAGAUUUUUUAAAUAAUGGAAGAACUUGAGAGGGUAUUCAUUGCACCACAUAUAAAAUGCUGGACGAGCUCAGCAGGUCAGUCAGUGUCUAUGGAAACGAACAAAUAAUCGACGUUUUGGCCGAAAUCCUCCUUAUGGGUCCCCAAGAUGUUAUUUCCUUUUCCAAGUGAGAUCAAUUGUACAGGCCACGAAAAAAAAUGCAAAAAAAUUUUUUUAAAGGAAUUUAGAAGAAAUGCAUUUAUUCAGAAUGCAUAUAGAAUGCCAAAUUUACUGCAAGACCUAGUUGUGGUGAAUGGCAAAGAUUCACUGGAAGCCAGUUGCAUAAAGGUGCAAGAGAGAAUGAAAUAUGUAGCUAUGCUGUUGGAAGACAAUGGGAGUAGGUCUAUGUAGAGUAUAAAUACAGAUGUUGAAAGGCCAGUCCUGUACUGUUCUUUACAUGUAACUUUAUAAGAGAGAAAAAAAAUCUGAUAUUAAGAUUUACCACCAGUGAGCUCCAAGGGAAUUCCCAUCCAGAUGCCAAUCAGUCUUUCCCGAGCUCAAAAUCAAUUAGGUAUCCAUUCUCCAUUCUGAUGAUGCAUAUGUUAACACCCACAGGACAGGUGAGAGGUGACCAUAUUGUUGGAAUGGUAAUCCAUAUCAAUGAGCUAACAGGACCAUUUUGUACCCCUAGAUUUAGUUUCUUCUUGGGCAAUUAGAUUGUUUAAUUUUCCAAUUUCUAUUUUGUAUUUCUAUAUUUACACUGCUCACAGAUUUUGUGACCUAGAAAUUCUACAGGACUAGGAAAGGUGUUGGAGACCGAUACAUGGUUUGUAAGGGCACCUGCUGCUGUGAAGUUUUAUUGGUACAAGCUCAAAGGCCUGAUCUCUAAUAAAACAUCCUGCCAGUUCUAACACACUUAAAGAUCUUUUCAACACUGGUUCCACCACUGCAGAGCAAGAGGAGAAAAACAGGUUUGGGUUUGGAGUCGUGAUGGUGGAUGGGGCACAGAGAGUGGAAUGAGUGGGAGGGGAAGAUUCAGCUACCAGGGAUCAGGAUAUUCAUGUUGGGACUUGUGGAUGGUACCGUGCUGAAUGGAAUAGCUGGGAACAGGCAACAACAUUGGGUUGUGGCGGGGGAUGGUGGAAUGACUUAGGGAUCACAUUUUGGUGAAUCAAGCUAAAAAGGGCCCAGGGUGAGAAAGUAGCUUUUAAUUUAAAGAUGCCAACCUGCGGCCAGUUCCCAGUACCACUCUCCACUGCUUUUAGGUUCUGCCAAAGCAUAUUGUAAACCCUUGCUUCUGCAUGAGUGACACAUGUAGUCAACAGAGGUCAUGUCUCCAGGCAGCUGCUGCACCCUACUGAACACCAUUCUACAACUGGGUGCCUGAGUGUUAUAUCUAGGACACAGAGGAGCUGUAUAAAUUUCAAGAUCAAUGUGAUAAAUAAACAGAAUGCAUUUUGUAUAUGCUAUCUUGAUUAAAAUUUGUUGCAUAGAGCACAUAGACAUUGUGAUAGAUGAUAGAAUUUCUUAGCCUUGGUAUCUUCUAAAUGUCUUCAUCAUUUUAAACUUAAUUGUUUUACUCCAUUUAAGAUUAAUUCUUUCAUUUUUAUACAUGUUUAUAUUUUUCUACUUUUCUUUUGAAAACAGUUAAAAUGAUAAUAGAAAAAAAUCUGAGAUUUUAAUUGUUGACUGAUGAUUUCCAUUAUUUACAAUUUCUAAUUUCUAGCAUUUGUCACUAAACAGGUGUCUAAAAAAGCUAGUUAUUGUUUUUAAAUCAUGGCUAAUUGAUCAAAUUGUUGUUUAAAUUGCCAUUAAGACUAUGAAGAGUUCAAUCAAAUAUCUUGUACUUUGCAAUUCUGUAAGAAACAGUGUGAAAUAAAAUAUGA